AUGGACACCUCCCCGGUGCGCGCGCUGCUGGCCCUGCCGCUGCUGCUGCGCCUGGCAGCCGCCGGCCCACCCCGACCCGGCGCGCUGCUGCGGGGCUGCCCCGCGCACUGUCAGUGCGAGCCCGACGGCAGGAUGCUGCUCCGGGUGGACUGCUCCGACCUGGGGCUCUCGGAGCUGCCCGCCAACCUCAGCGUCUUCACCUCCUACCUAGACCUCAGCAUGAACAACAUCAGUCAGCUGCCCCCGAGCCCCCUGCACAGCCUCCGCUUCCUAGAGGAGCUGCGUCUUGCCGGAAACGCUUUGACAUCCAUUCCCAGGGGAGCCUUUGCCGGCCUCUACAGUCUCAAAGUUCUUAUGCUGCAGAAUAACCACCUACGGCAGGUACCCACGGAAGCGCUGCAGAAUUUGCGGAGUCUUCAAUCCCUGCGGCUGGAUGCCAACCACAUCAGCUACGUGCCCCCCAGCUGUUUCAGUGGCCUGCACUCCCUGAGGCACCUGUGGCUGGAUGACAACGCUCUGACAGAAAUCCCUGUCCAGGCUUUCAGAAGUUUAUCAGCACUGCAGGCCAUGACCUUGGCCCUGAACAAAAUACACCACAUCCCAGACUAUGCCUUUGGAAACCUCUCCAGCUUGGUAGUUCUGCAUCUCCAUAACAAUAGAAUCCACUCUCUGGGAAAGAAAUGCUUUGAUGGGCUCCACAGCCUAGAGACUUUAGAUUUAAAUUAUAAUAACCUUGAUGAAUUCCCCUCUGCAAUCAGGACUCUCUCCAAUCUUAAAGAACUAGGAUUUCACAGCAACAAUAUCAAGUCGAUACCUGAGAAAGCAUUUGUAGGCAACCCUUCUCUUAUUACAAUACAUUUCUAUGAUAACCCGAUCCAGCUUGUUGGGAGAUCUGCUUUUCAGCAUUUACCUGAACUAAGAACACUGACUUUGGAUGGUGCCUCACAAAUCACUGAGUUUCCCGACUUGAGUGGAACCGAGAGCCUGGAGAGCCUGACUUUAACCGGAGCACAGAUCUCAUCUCUUCCUCCAACCGUGUGUGAUCAGUUACCCAAUCUCCAAAUGCUAGAUCUAUCUUACAACCUGCUGGAGGAUUUACCCAGCUUUUCAGUCUGCCAAAAGCUUCAGAAAAUAGACCUGCGACAUAAUGCAAUCUAUGAAAUUAAGGUUGACACUUUCCAGCAGUUGUUUAGCCUUCGAUCUCUGAAUUUAGCUUGGAACAAAAUUGCCAUUAUUCACCCCAGUGCAUUUUCUACUUUGCCAUCGCUAAGAAAGCUGGACCUAUCGUCCAACCGCCUGUCGUCCUUUCCUGUAACUGGGUUACAUGGUUUAACUCACUUAAAAUUAACAGGAAAUCAUGCCUUACAGAGCUUGAUAUCAUCUGAAAACUUUCCAGAACUCAAGGUUAUAGAAAUGCCUUAUGCUUACCAGUGCUGUGCAUUUGGAGUGUGUGAAAAUGUCUAUAAAAUUUCUAAUCAAUGGAAUAAAGGUGACAACAGCAGCACAGAUGAUCUUCAUAAGAAAGAUGCUGGAAUGUUUCAAGUUCAAGAUGAGCGUGACCUUGAAGAUUUGCUGCUUGACUUUGAGGAGGACCUGAAAGCCCUUCAUUCGGUGCAAUGCUCGCCUUCCCCAGGCCCCUUCAGGCUCUGCGAGUGCCUGCUGGGGAGCUGGCUGGUGAGGAUCGGCGUGUGGGCCGUGGCCGCGCUGGCGCUGCCCUGCAAUGCCCUGGUGGCGGGCUCGGUGUUCCGCGCCCCCCUGUGCCUGUCCUCGGCGAAGCUGCUGGUGGGGCUCAUGGCCGCGGCGAACCUGCUCACCGGGGCGGCCAGCGCGGUGCUGGCGGCCGUGGACGCGGCCACCUUCGGGCGCUUCGCGCGGCACGGCGCGGGGUGGGAGCAGGGCGCGGGCUGCCAGGCGCUGGGCUUCCUGGCCACCUUCGCCGCCGAGGCGUCCGUGUUCCUGCUGACGCUGGCGGCCCUGGAGCGCGGCUUCUCGGCGAGGGGCGCCGCCAAGUGGGACGCGACGAGGGCCUCCUGGGGGCUGCGCGCGGCCGCGCUGCUGUGCGCGGGGCUGGCCGUGGCCGUGGCCGCGGGGCCGCUGCUGGGCGGCGCGUACGGCGCGUCCCCGCUCUGCCUGCCGCUGCCCCUGGGCGGCCCGGGCGCCGGCGCCUCCGCGGGCUACCCGGCGGCGCUCGUCCUGCUCAACUCGCUGUGCUUCCUGGUGAUGACGGCCGCCUACACCAGGCUCUACUGCAGCCUGGACAAGGGCGAGCCGGACGGCCUGUGGGACGGCGCCAUGGCGAAGCACGUGGCCCUGCUGCUCUUCACCAACUGCAUCCUCUACUGCCCCGUGGCCUUCCUGUCCUUCUCCGCGCUGCUCAACCUCGCCUUCGUGGGGCCCGAGGUCAUCAGGUUCAUCCUGCUGGUGGUCGGCCCGCUCCCGGCCUGCCUCAACCCCCUCCUCUACAUGCUCUUCAACCCCCACUUCAGGGAGGACCUGGGGAGCCUGCGCCAGCGGGCCCCGCUCUGGGCCAGACCCAAGCGCGCCAGCCUCAUGCUCAUCGGCUCGGACGACGACGCGGAGAAGCAGUCCUGCCACUCCACCCAAGCGCUGGUCACCUUCCCCGGGGCCGGCGCCGGCCUCGCCUACGACCUGCCUUCUUCCAACGCGCCGGGGUCGCCGCCCGCCUACCCGAGGGCCACCGAAAGCUGCCACUUGUCAUCCGUGGCCUUUGUGCCAUGUCUCUAA